CUAGUGCGGACAUUUUCAUCAGGCACAUGACCGGACGUGAAACGCGUUGCGUGGAACCUUUUAUGGCAAUAAAACUUUCCUUAUGAAUAUAUCCUCACUAGUGAUUGGCAGCAGCACGAUUGGUCUCCCAUUUUUGGGAUCUUAUUUGGCGUUUGUUAAGGAGGCAGCAGCCGCUGAUAUUGGUUGAUAACGCUCGGAGGGUUUCGCCUCCAUUCACACGAUCAGAGUCCUCUCCUCGGUAUAAGAUGUCUGACAGUCAAGAGUUCCUGUCCACCAGCAGCACUGGGACUAUGUUCAGUUUCACCUGCUCCGGAUCUCUGUCACAUGACCGCUCUACCUCGGAGUGUUCUCUCAGGAACGUUCCGCAGGCAGUCUCCCUGGAGGAGCUCCGCUCAGAGCUGUCUCUACUGGGGUUCAACUCUGUUCCCCAACAAAGGCUUCUACAGUUCAAGCAGGACCUGGAGCAUCUGAUGCACAGCCGAGCGCCCCUGGAGGUUUCCUCAGGAUCUGCUGAAGACACCACAGGGCCCACAAAGGAUGGUGAAGGUUGGGACAAGCUCCCUGUAUGGUCUUCUCUAAAUCAGGAGCGUUCACUCCAAGCCCCAGCUCACAAUGACGACACAGAUUCCUACACUAAGCACACACUCAGAGUGGGUGCUCCGAAUACGCAAAAACCAAGGCCACCAGUUCUGACCCGUAAAGUCAUGCGCAGGAAAAGUGACGGUCAGCUGCAGGUGUGUGAUGAGUCCCAGCUGUCCAUGGAGACCGAUCCAGAAGGUUCAACAGUCUCUAGUGGAGAGUCCCGAGCGGUCAAGUCCUUUAUCCGUCUUCCACCAUAUUCCCUGCUGGAGCAGUACCGGCAGCGCUCAGACCCUGUAGGCCGCUACCAAGAAUACAAGCAGAGCUGGGACGCCUUCCAGGUGUCUGUAGAGAAAAGCAAGAAGGAACUACGAUGGGGAGUCAGAGAGAGGAUGAUGUCAGCCCCACCCAUGCCGCUCCCCCGGGCUCUACCAACGCCCAACUCAUACGUGAUCCCCACAGAGAAGAAGAGGUACGGCCUACGAUGGGCCAUCCGACAGGACCUGGUGCAAGGAAACCUUCCAGGAGGGGGCUCCUCAUAGGUGGCUGCAAUCCUAAGACACGUCUUCAUGUAGUUUGCUGCAGUCCUCAGGCACGUCUUCCUGUAGGUUGCUGCAGUCCCCAGAAGCGUCUUCCUGUAGGUUGCUGCAGUCCUCAGGCACUUCUUCUUGUAGGUUGCUGCAGUCCCCAGAAGCGUCUUCCUGUAGGUUGCUGCAGUCCUCAGGCACUUCUUCUUGUAGGUUGCUGCAUUCUACAUGGAUUAUGUGAUAUCAGUGA